GUUAAGUUUAAUUAUAUCUUAGUGUGGAACCCCUCUCCCGCGUUGGGAGAGCCUAGGUUCAUGGUCUUUAAGGCAUUGUCGAUGCUGUUCGGGAAUGUGCACUCAGUGGUUGUUUGGGUCAGGAUUAGUUUGCUUCUUAGAUCCUCAAUGAGG